AAGAAAACAUCGCAAGGGCAAAGCUCGGGCGGCAAGCCUUUGUGUGUUUGUGGGCGAUAAUAGUUAGAUCUUUUAACUAACGAUAUUCACGAAGCUUGCGCACUCACUGUUUACUGGAUUGUGGCUUCGACAAACAGCGGAACGGUUUCGAAAUGCAAUCACACGCGCAUUGUUAUCGCUCUGGAAAUAAUGGAUAAGUGGUGACCCUUUCAGAAUGAGCAGCAUUUGUAGGGAAAGGAGGCAAGACAAGAAAGUUGCGAAAGGAGUACCGCGGAAGGCAGCGGUUCGUUCGAAAAAAGAUGGGAACUCCAAAGAUUGCAAAAGGAAGUUUAGAAACGUCUGGAAGGAUACUUAUACGUGGUUGCAGUACGAGGAAGUCAAGAAUACUAUGCAUUGCGUGCUGUGCAGGGAAGCCUACUUCGGCCAGGAGAAAUGCGUGCCGUUCGUCGAAGGCACGAACAACUUCAAGGUUUCGGUCAUUCAAAAGCACGAGAAGACGUCGGCCCACAGAAACCUCCUGAACAAAAGCGAGGCCGAGAGAAAGAAAUUGGCGCACUCGUUCCGAACAAAAAAGAAGCCGCCGGAAGAUUCGCGAUCAAGAUUCGAGCUUCUAUUCAAGACCGUCUACGAGAUACAAAAGAACAAGCUUUCGUUUUCCCAAUUCCCCGUUCUGGUGAACCAGCAGAUCCAGAACGGCGUGCCGCUCGAAGGUCGGUACACGAAUCACCAUCACGUCGUGCCGGACUUUUCCAAGUAUAUCGCCAUGUCGAUGAUCAACGAUACCGUAGCCGAUAUUUACCAGGCGAAGCACUUUGGCAUCGUACUGGACGAUGUUUCGGACGUUGUGGGAUCGCGCAAAGACGCUGUGUACAUCACUUACCUCAAAGACUGCACAAAACGCACCAAAUUCCUGGGGCUUGUCGAAAACGUGAACGGAGUCGGCAUCGCCCUCGCGAUGGUGGAAAUGCUCGCCAAAUUUGGAUUCCCUUCGCCUUUCGAGAAGCUUUUGUGUCUAACUACGGACGGGCAGACCGUACACCAAGCGGACGGUGGCCUCCAGAUGGCAUUGGGAAAAGAAGCGCCUGUUCUCUACACCAUGGACUGUCUAGUGCACAAGCUUGAGAGUGCAGUGAAACCAGUCCUCUUCAGGCAUCCGCAAGUCAAAUGUUGUGCAGACAAGAUGUACAAAUUGUUCUGCUUCUUUAGAGAUCUGCAGAAAAAGACUGGCAGUACGGUAGACAUAUGGACACCCUCAAGCCCCACUGAUCAACAUGCUCGUUCCUCUAAUCCACAGUUGCUAGUCCUUAACCUCAAGUUCCUAACUGCCAUCAUUGAAAAAUGGAGCAGCGUCACGUCGUUCCUAAAGGAUAACUAUCACAACCUUGACCGAAAACUUCGGCCUGAUGCGGCGGAAAUUCUCACUUGCUUGAAGAGCUCGGUGUUCAUUGCCCAUGUCCACCUUCUAAGAGAGAUAUUUAAGGCGUUGCACGAGUUUCAAGCAAAGACAACUGGCUCCUUAUCUCCUGCCUGCUACACUGUGAUCAACGAGCUGAGGACUACUGCGACGAUUAUCACUAACCAGAUUGUCUUGGGCCCCUCUCUGAUACCAGUCCUGCACGAGCUACAGGAAAGAAAUGGAUUCUUUCAAGGCAUGGCGAUCACGCAAGAUUUCGACAUCGAUUCAUUUCACGCUGUUGCUGAAGAUGUGUGCCAGUGUGUGUCGCAGCAGGUGCUCCAGAUGGCGAGCCAGUGCUCGGAGUCCUUGCACAAGUUUUCAGUGCUGGAUCCAAAAAACUGGCCAGUAGAAUCCGACGAGCACUUUGGUGGAUUCGGAAUUGAAACCAUCAGGGAACUUAGCGGCGAGAUGCAGUCGUUGCUGCCGGAGAAACCCAUUUCAGACAUCAUACUGGAGUGGUGUUCCUUUAAGUUCUUUGUAAACAGGAGUCUUGCAAAGUGCUUGCGGAAAGACUUCAUCAACCUUGCCGCAACCGUGGUUUCCAGGUUCAGUGCGGUCUAUCCCACCAUCUGCACAUUCCUCACCGCAGCGGCUCUGCUUUCGCCAUCAUGCAGAGUGACGCACAAAGGAUUCGAAGAACUCUGCGUAAUUAAAGAAUCUCGGAAGAACGUUCUCACGGACGACACACUGUGGCAGACGAUGGUCAUCAAUGUGAAUGGAGCGCCAGUCGAAUUGUGGGAUCCAGAGCCUGUGGUUGACCUGUGGUUGAAAACGAGUCUUCGUAGGCCAAACAAUAGAACUUCUACUAAACACGCUUUAGACACUUGUAACAAGCAGGAGACCCAGGUUGACGACUCGGCGCUGUUCCAGGGCUGUCAGGUCGUCGUCAUAACGGGUGAAUUGUGUGAGCUGCCUAUGGUCUGCAGCAGUGAUGCUUCGAGUUAACCCAACAGUCAACUCCUAAAUGUAGUCAUCUGUAGCUUGUCUUAUGCAUGACUUCAAGAACAGAACAGUGCUAGGUAUGACCAUUCAAUGUGAUUUCAUAGUGUGACAUCUGCUUGAACGAAGAGUCAAUUUUCUUAACAGUGCAGUGGAGGUAACGGUUCUUUUCUUUUUUUUUGACAACACACCAUUAGUGAUGGUUGACACGGACAACCAUAUGAUUAUCGGUGGUUAAGUAUCGCCAUCACUUUAUUUUUUUUGUCCACUAAAGGUCAUAGGCCUCUCCUAGAGACAUCUAAAUGCCCUAACUGCAUCCUGUGUUUGCAAGUUUAUUACUUAUGUCUCUUUAUUUAAUUUGUUCUCAUCUUCAGUUGUGUUUUCCUUCUCUUGGAACCCUUUUCGUCACUCUAAUCGACCAAAAAUUAUUUGAUUUCUGCAUUACAUCAGCUGCCCAACUCCGCUUCUUUAUCUCAACUAUGUGCUAUUUGCCCAAUUUACUUUUUCAUUGGUUACCUUAGAGUGUACGUUGCAAUUGCAGAUUUGAAAUUUGGCACUACUAGCAGCAGUAUUGAGUUGUUGGUGGCCAAAAUUUUUGCCACUAACACAGAAGCAUUCUUAAUACGAAAAUGAUGCAUGUAAUACACGCAUCAUAAUAAUAAUAAUCUGAUAGUUUUGCGUAGGAUAUAUUGUCAUAAGUAUUGCCAAAAAUGUGUUGAAAAUUACUGAAAAUGUGUUGAGUACCAUGAUUAUUGUAAAAAUUUGUAGCUGGGUGUGUAUCUCAGAUUUGUCUAUUAUCUAAUUUAUAAUGUCAGUUUUGGGAAAAUAGAACAACGGCAGACAUUGAAGCCCUUUUUUUGGACUGGCAGAGCAGGCAUCUUAUUUAGUUGGAAGAAACAGAUCAAGAUUGACAGAUUUGCAAAGAAGAAAUGGUGGCCGCGGUCACUGUCUUGUGCACCAAAGCAUGCAAUUCUCAUGUUCUGUCCCCCAAAAUUACUCAUCUGCCAGAUGCUCCCUCAAAAAAAGCAUGUGAGGGUCUCAAAAGUCAAGCACAAGCUGAAUUGUCUCAAAAAAAAAUUUUAUCAUCAUCAUCAGCCUAUAUUUUAUGUCCACUGCAGGACGAAGGCAUGUGAUCUCCCUGUGAUCAUGGACGAAGGCAUGUUCUCCCUGUGAUCUCCAAUCCGCCUUUUUCAUGGCCCGACGGCGCAUGCGCAGGGCGCCCUGGCGGAUUAGUCGCGAAACGUUUUGGAAGGGUCGCGCGCGCGGCCGUGCGGCCCCAUCUCAAGGAAACGUCCCCGAAAAAAAAAAAAAAACACGCUCGGACGCGUGCUACUGACAACUCGUGCCGUGUACCGCGUUGAAACUCCACUGGUAGCUCGACGUCAGUGCAGUACUGAAAGUGUGCGUAUAGCGUAAGACUGGCUUUGGUAGUGCGACGGGCUUUCUUGUCGACGGCACCGAUAAAAUCACCGUGCCUAUACCAUCGUUCGACCGAAACCCGCGCGAUAGGCCGUCGAACCAAUAACGCGAUAGCCGCAACACCUUUGUUGGUAUAUAUAAAUAAUCGCGGUCAAAGUGAGUCAAAACAUGCCUACGAAGUUGAAAGGUUGAAAUGCGCAAGGCUUCGACCAGUCCUCUCAAUCCGUGCACAUGACGUUUGAGCCAAUGUUGAUUUCAGCGAAGCUUAGGCCUGGCUCCGUCGAGUUCGUGCACCCGCUACCGGCGGACCUGUACUGAAAAGUAAGCAAGUUAGGACAAAGGAAACUGCUUUUAUAGUUCAGUUCGGGCCUUAAGGAUUUGAAAUAAACUACUCUUCGCUUCGCACGGCGCGUACACAAUAAUCUGCAAGCAGCGACACAGCGCUGUGCCAACAUCUGUAGGUCACCGUUCCCGUAGGCUGCCGCUCGUAUUCGCAACGUAGAUGGGUCGGUUUGUACGUGUUGGUAUGCUCACGCAUUUCUUAAUUGCUGAGAUGUACUGUUUAUCUCUGCGUCAAACGCGAAACAAGAGACGGUACAUUCGGUACACCAGCAUAAACAGCCGCCUUGCUCAGUUAUAUACCAACGGUGUCAGCGAUGGCAUCCGAGUUUUUGCGGGAGAACAACACGGCCUUUAAAUGAGCGCUUAUGUGAGCACAUUUUUCUCUAAUAAUGCUUUAUGACACGCGCAAACUAAGUAUGAUGAAGUUAAAGAAAAGCGAGAAUCAGUAAUAAAUUAACAGCCCGAUAUUUGUAACUGGAUUACAGUCGCCGUUGAGUAGCUCAGGCGCUCAUACUGACUCGUCUCACGGUGGAAUAACGCGGCUCAUAUGAGCAGGUAUGUGUGUUUUAUUCUACGUUUUGACAUUUUUUUUUUUCAUAUCAGCGAUGCACCUUUUCCCAAUUUUUCACGCUAACGACGAUCUGUGGCUGUAGAUGUCGAUGUAAACAAGCGCACCGCUCUGCUAAAUCUGACGCGGAAGGCUGCGGGCUCGAAAACUUCUUAUUUAUGCAAAAUGUCUAAAGAAUGUGCAAAAAAAAUUUAAAGAAAAGCGUGGUGCAAGCGUAGGAAUCGGCGACAACAAACUCCAAAGCAGCCGCGACGGCAGAGGGUACUCGGCGUACCUUUAUAGGCCACACUAUAAGCAAAACAGCGCUAUCACACCUGCUCACCCUAUAUAUAGUUGGUGAGUGCUACAUGGCUUCCAGGAACGACAUGCUGCCCCACAGAAGCCAUUAAUUAUUCGCGAUCCACGAAAUGCACAACCGAUGCGCACUCAACAAGGGCGCAGGUUCACAAAUCAACCGGCGAAAGCCCCGGCACCCUACCAAAACUUUUCCGGUGGCGUGCGGCAGAGGGCAGCACAGGAAAAUGAAAAAGGCGGAUUACCCCUGUCUUGCGCUAGCGUAUUCCAACUUGCGCCUGCAAAUUUCCUAACUUCAUCACCCCAUCUGGUUUGCUGCCGACCUCGAUUGCGCUUACCUUCUCUUGGUAUCCAUUCUGUAACCCUAAUGGUCCAUCGGUUAUCCAUCCUACGCAUUACAUGGCCUGCCCAGCUCCAUUUCUUCCGCUUAAUGUCAAUUAGAAUAUCGGCUAUCCCCGUUUGUUCUCUGAUCCACACCGCUCUCUUUCUGUCUCUUAACGUUAGUCCUAAGAUUUUUCGUUUCAUUGCUCUUUGUGCGGUCCUUAACUUGUUCUCGAGCUUCUUUGGUAACCUCCAAGUUUCUGCCCCAUAUGUUAGCACCGGUAGAAUGCAAUGAUUGUACACUUUUCUUUUCAACGACAGUGGUAAGCUCCCAGUCAGGAUUUGGCAAUGCCUGCCGUAUGCACUCCAACCCAAUUUUAUUCGUCUGUGAAUUUAUUUCUCAUGAUCAGGGUCCCCUGUGAGUAAUAUAAACGUACUCCUUUACCGACUCUAGAGGCUGACUGGCGAUCCUGAAUUCUUGUUCCCUUGCCAGGCUAUUGAACAUUAUCUUUGUCUUCUGCAUAUUCAUCUUAACCCAAUUCUUACACUUUCUCGAUUAAGGACCUCAAUCAUUUGCUGUAAUUCGUCUCCAUUGUUGCUGAAUAGGACAAUGUCAUCUGCAAACCAAAGGUUGCCGAGAUAUUUGCCGUUGAUCCUCACUCCUAAGCCUUCCCAGUCUAAGAGCUUGAAUACUUCUAAGCAUGCAGUGAAUAGCAUUGGAGAGAUUGUGUCUCCUUGCCUGACCCCUUUCUUGAUAGGUAACUUUCUACUUUUUCUUGUGGAGAACCAAGGUAGCUGCGGAAUCCUUGUAGAUAUUUGCUAAGAUAUUCACGUAUGCCUCUUGUACUCCUUGAUUACGCAAUGCCUGCUGGUAUCUCUACUGAAUCAAAUGCCUUUUCAUAAUCUAUGAAAGCCGUAUAGAGAGGUUGAUUGUACUCCGCAGAUUUCUCGAUUACCUGAUAGAUGACAUGGAUAUGAUCCAUCGUAGAAUAUCCCUUCCUGAAGCCAGCCUGUUCUCUUGGUUGGCUGAAGUCAAGUGUAUUGGAAAUUAUCUUGGUGAAUAUUUUAUACAAUACUGAAAGCAAGCUAAUGGGUCUAUAAUUCUUCAAUUCUUUAACGUCUCCCUUUUUAUGGAUUAGUAUAAUGUUGGCGUUAUACACUUCUCUCUGGUACACUUGAAGUUGUGAGGCAUUGCGUAUAAAGGGCCGCAAGCUUUUCAAGCAUGAUAUCUCCUCCAUCUUUGAUUAAAUCUACUGUUAUUCCAUCUUCUCCAGCAGCUUUUCCCCUGGUCAUGCCUUUCAAGGCCCUUCUAACUUCAUCGCGAGUUAUGGAAGGAGCCUAUGUAUCCAGUUCAUCAUUAUUUCGAAUGAAACAAAAAUUGGAGGACGCUUAAGCUUCGCCUUUAAGAGUGGAACAUGAUAGCAUUCAAAAAUCCUUGAAUGCUUGUCAGGCUUCCUGGCAACUGCAGCUUUCUUUUUUUGUCCACCUUUGCCUUUGCACGCUGAUGCCAUUUCACAGGGCCAAGGAGGCGAGCGCCAUCUGGAUGGUGUUUUUGCAAGUAACCUACCCGGGCGUGCCGCUGUUGGUAUGGUAGAAAUGCUGGAAAAGGAGUUUUUGUUUGAGUUUCCUCGUAACGGAAUUACGUUUCCUUGCACAUUCAAAUUACAAUCCUAUGCAAUCAUGUCUGUAGGUAGUGGUUGAGUCGUACUUUACUAUUUUUCUGACGAAUUUUACUUUGAGAAAUUCAAUUAGUUCACCAACGCCUCUGCGCCACGUGGAGGGUCUGUGUGGUAGGGGUGGUUUGGGACGAUUUUCUCAGCCGCGGACGCCUACACCUAUGCCGCAUUUUCUGCGACACGGGGCCCUUAACGUUGUCGCGUUAAAACGUGUUGAUCUAGUCGAAUGAGAAGAGAAAAUAAAUGCUUACAGAGGAAGUGGCGGGUCAAAAUUGCAUUAGUCAUUAGUCUCGCAUCUGGGCUGCCACUGCAAUUUCUUUGUGGUGAGCUAAACCGCACAUCUAUCAAGUGAAAGUUAAAACAGCUUGAUGAGGUCAGAUUUUCUUUUUUGCAUAUAUGCUAGACACAAUUUCUUUUCUCUCUCUCUCUCCAUCUUAUUGCGAUAGCAGUUAACACUAGAGGCAUGUCCGCGCCACCUUUGUGCUGUUUUAGUAUCAACUGUGCAUGCUAGGCCCGUGCAUGGCAGGUUCUCCAGUGGCACAACAGACACUCGGUGCAUUUGGCCGCAAAAAUAGCGGAAGGCGAGUCAAUUCAUCAUUGUGCUUUGUUCAAUUAACUCUGCAGUGGAGUCAGGGCAGCGUUCUGCUUUCCAGUGCUGGCAUGAACAUUGCGCUCACAAACACUGGCGUUCUUGCUGUGCGAUAGUGUGCAUACAGUGGUCCGAGCGAAACGCACAGUAAACUUCAAGCUACGAACGCCGACAGUGUUCCUUCGCUCUCAUCUUGUGCACAACUGAGGGGCGACGUUUUCAGUGCUGCUGGCAGCGCUUUUCAUCACGCCAGCGUUCCGAGUCACCUGGGAGUUGCCAGGGUGCUGUUUCUCUGUGCAGCAGCAGUUUCCUCGCAUGCUGCGUCGCACCAGCAUGUCGCCCCCUAUCAUUGUUAGAACACUGUUCGGGGAGCUUCAGCUCAUCCUUGCUGUCGCUUCCACUGUGUUGCCCUUGGGGCAAAACUGCUAAUUUCGGUUUCUUUUCUUUUUUUUUUUUGACGUAUGGCUGCUUGGAAAAUGAAGAGACAAUGUACAUUGAUACGUUCCAGUAAGAAUGUGUAGAUAAUAAUACAAUCUCUACACAUCGCAAUGCUGCCUAUGAUCCGGAAAUGGUGGCUCAGUGGCUGUGGUACUGCGCUGCAGAGCGUGAGGUAACGGGUUCGAUACCUGGCCAUGGCGGAGGCAUUCUUACGAGGGAGGAAUGCAAAAACUGCUUGUGUACUUAAAUGAUAAGAACCAUAGGUCAUUGAAGCUAAUCCCUCCCGCCACCCCAGUAUGGCAUCCCUCGUUGCUUGUGUGUUAGAUAUAAUAACUAACUGGUGUAAUAAUCCCAGAAUUUCCACUAAGUGAACAUGCCUUAGGCACCGACUAUAUUGAAUCCUGCAAUUGCAAUACGUGUGCUAUGAUGUAGUAAAGUCAUUUUAAUUAACAGACGCUGAACAUUUUGUGCAUAAGUGAAGAUUGUUACUGAAGUGCUACACCACUUAUAAUGUGUAGCUCCCCCCUCCUUUGGAAAAAUUGUCUCCACUGUACUUUGUUAAAGAAAUUAAGUUCUUCGUUGAAGCAGCUGGUAUAUAUGUACAUAAGUGUAUCUAAUGUUUGCAUGUCCUACUAAAGGUCUGUUCAAUUGACUUUGCACAAUGUGAACUAGUUCAUACAAGUUCGGUGCUUGUGCUGAACAAGUACCAACCGCGUUGGCUCAGUGGCUGUAGAAUUAUAUUGUCGAAUGUAAGGUCAUGGGUUUUAUCCCCAGAUGUGGCAGGUACAUUCCAAAUCAGGUGGAAGGCAAAAGUGUUAGUGCACCAAGUUCUGGGUUUACGUUAAACACUCCUGGUGGUCAAAAUUAAUCCGGAGUCGCGGUGUCUCUUGUAGCCAGAUUGCGGGUUUGGGACGGUUUGAAAUUCUGCAACAUGUGGUUUUUCUAAUAGGUAGAGAUGUUGCCGGCCUAGUGCUUGGUUACUUGCGGGGGUUCUCGUCUUGAAAGGAGGCCCUAUAGAGAUUUUCUAGGCAUGCUCUCUGGGCGCCCCGUGUCCAACCACAGACGGCAUUGUUGUAGAACAUCUGCCAGCACUGUUGGAUGGAGACUAGAGCUGGCGGCUGGGUACCUACUGUUAAAAUAGGUACAAGCACGCUCCCGGCCAGGUGCAAGGCCGUUAUGCAGCCUAAAUGCUUGGGAUCUCCCCAAUGCGAGGGCAUCCCCACCUACUAGGUGCUUUCGCAUGCCACAUGGAAAAUUGUCGCCAUGAAAGCAGCCCAGUUACGUGUGCAGAAUAAGCCUGAAAUCUGUGUGCCAGCUCCAGCCAAUCUUGCGGUCUUCUUUAAAAUAAUUUCUCUCCGCACAUGUCUGCCGCAAGUGCAGAAAAUGUGAAUAACCAAUGCCAAUGCCAAAUUAAAUGAUAUGGCAAUUCAAGCUUGCAAUGGACGAGCUGUACUUAUUUGUAAAUGUGCCAAUCCUAGCUGAGCUGGAUCAAAGCACAGAAGUGGCUGAUUCGAUUUAUGUUAAACAUUCACCAACCUGAAAUAAGAUGCGACGUGUGAAUGUCGGUGUGCCACAACUGUCAAAUGCAAUGCGCAGUGGAGCAUCUUCUGAACUAGUUCGGAUAGUGGUGCAGGUGAAUUGGACAGACCUUGCAUGCUUUUACUCGUAAGCUAUUACGAAUGUGGAAACCCACCGAAAUAAAAUAGUGUCGU